AGUGCUGCGAUUUCGUAUCUUGUUGGCCUGCAACUGCAGACCACUGACAUCACAGCGUGUCUGUGGUUCGUGUCACAGUACAAGGAUCGCAACUGAUAACGGCGAACGAGGCGUAUCCCGGUCGGACAGCCACUAGACCAGUCCCGAUUUAUCCGUGUUCCCUUCCCCUGGCGAAUCAACUAUUUGACGAUAUGCCAUCUAUAGCUGAGCCUCCCUGAUGAACAACGCUGCUUUGACAGGCUAGCGGCUGUGUGAUCUCGCACAUAUAUGCGCUUGAGGACGUGCACUGGUCUGCCGGUUCCUCACAUUCUAUAACAGCCUUCAAGUUCUCCCUCGCACUUGCCUGAACGGCAUGGCCUUCGGUAUUGCGGAAGCACAGCUGACAGCGCUCUUUAUGCAGAGUAUAGCAUACGGCGUUCAUGUCGUCACUUUCGCGAUGUGCAUGUACGCCUGGUUCUGGCGCCAUCGUAGGUUACGAGCAUCAAACGGUUGGCCCUGGAUGGCGGUAGCCGUUGUGUUGUUCAUCCUGGGCACCACUGACGUCUGCUUCAAUUUCUACCACAACAUCGUGGCUUUUGUGUUGUUCACGGGACCUGGCGGAGCAGAGAGUGUUUUUGAAGACAUCUCAAACUGGGUCAAUGUCAUGCGGAGUGUCUGGUGGUAUAUGCAAGCGCUGGUAUCCGAUGCGGCCUUGAUAUACCGGUGUCGCAUUUUCUACCCACGAUACCAGGCGUUCUCGGCAGCGUUGCUUCUACCGGUCCUUCUCUGGGUUGCGACGGCUGUCUGCGCUGCCUUGGAACUCUAUUAUAUGUUCGAGCUCAAGCAAGCCGCAACGAUACCCUCCGCGCGGAAAAUUCAACCUUACUUUCAUGCGGUGUUCUCCAUGUCGCUGGCGGUGAAUGUCAUCACUACUGCACUUAUCGUUUAUCGCAUCUGGUCCAUGCAAAAGCUCUCAUCAGAGUUCUUCACGAAGAGCUGGAGAGGCACCGGCAGAGUCAAUCUAGCCCACGUGAACAGAAUUUUCGUCGAAUCCGCUCUCUUAUAUACCCUUUCAGUCGCGGUUACGCUGAUGACGGAGCUCGCAAAUACGAAUGGAAACUAUGGUGUAUCGGACGUCAGCCUGGAGCUAGCGGGCGUAUCCUUUGACUUGAUCAUUAUCCGAAUCUGGAGCGGUGUUUCGAUCGAGCCAACGGAGCAAGAAAUUGGGAACAUUUCGGGGCUGGCAGAUUGCGAGGCUACGCCUGAGAAGGCAGAUUUCAAAGAUUUCCAGAUCGGCUCGUUGGAGACAAUCACGGGGGGUACAAAUGGGUUGGACGUAGAACAAGAAAUGGCAGUCUAGGCUAGUGGCCUCAUGAGUUUGAAUGAAAAAUCUGCGAUCGACAGCCGUGUGC